CCGGGACAGCGCGGCGGGCAUGGCAGAGAUGCGGCCGGGGCCAGUGGUUGGGAAACAGCUCAACGAGCUGCCCGACCACUCGCCGCUGCUCCAGCCGGGCCUGGCCGAGCUGAGGCGCCGGGCGCAGGAGGCGGGCGUCCCGCAGACCCCGCAGCCUCUCACAGACGCUUUCCUGCUGCGCUUCCUGCGCGCCCGGGAUUUCGAUCUGGAUCUGGCCUGGCGCUUAAUGAAAAACUACUAUAAAUGGCGAGCAGAAUGCCCAGAAUUAAGUGCAGAUCUACACCCUAGAAGUAUCCUUGGACUUCUGAAGGCUGGCUACCAUGGCGUGCUCAGGUCCCGGGAUCCUACUGGCAGUAGAGUUCUCAUUUACAGAAUUGCAUACUGGGACCCAAAAGUUUUUACAGCCUAUGAUGUAUUUCGUGUAAGUCUGAUCACAUCAGAGCUCAUUGUACAGGAGGUGGAAACUCAACGGAAUGGAGUUAAGGCUAUAUUUGACCUGGAAGGCUGGCAGAUUUCUCAUGCUUUCCAAAUUACCCCAUCUGUAGCCAAGAAGAUUGCUUCUGUACUUACAGAUUCCUUUCCAUUGAAAGUUCGUGGGAUCCAUCUGAUAAAUGAGCCAGUCAUUUUCCAUGCUGUCUUCUCCAUGAUUAAACCAUUUCUGACUGAAAAGAUUAAGGAUCGGAUUCACCUGCACGGGAACAACUAUAAAUCGAGCAUGCUUCAGCACUUCCCAGACAUUCUUCCUCUGGAAUAUGGUGGUGAAGAGUUCUCCAUGGAGGAUAUUUGUCAAGAGUGGACAAAUUUUAUAAUGAAGUCUGAAGAUUAUCUCAGCAGCAUUUCUGAGACCAUCCAAUGAGUAGUUAUUUCCUGCAAAUGACUUCAUUUAAAAUUCAAGGAUGGGAUCCUAUCUGGUUACUAAACUAAAGGGCAAACCUUCUAAACUAAUUGAUGCUUAUUUGAUCUUUAAACAUGCAACAUGGAUAUUUGGGGAAUGUUUUAACUUCUACAAUGUUGUUCCUUUUAAAUGAAUUAAAUGUUAGGAAAGAAGAUAUUCCUGUUUGCACUUGAAGAACAAACAUAGCUACAUGUAAAGCAGCUGUUCCAGUGUAUCUCUGUAUGGUUCAGGAAAUUUUAUCUUAAACAAAACAUUAUGAUCACAUUGUUUAAUACUAGAUUGAUGGCUAUCUACUGGAAAGAAAUGCUGUAUGUAUCAACUGAUGGUGAAACAAUAUUGAUGCUCAGAUAAUGUUGGUGUCAGCUUAUAAAUCAGACUGUCCUGAAUACAACCAGGACAGGGCAGUUCAUCUCAGGUAAAUCCUACUUUAGCAAAUGCACAAUAGAAGCCUUUGAAUGUAAGUCUACACACUAUAAUGUUGCAAUCAGUGAAAUCACUAUGUUUGAUAAAAAUGAUUUAAAACUUAGGAAAUUUUUCUGGGGACAGUAGAGUGGUUUCUCACACUUUUUUGUAUUUUCAAAUAAGAAUUAUGGCUUCUGUUUAUAGACAGGGAAGUAGAGGAAUAUGUCUUUCACAUUGACAUUUAUACUUGAAAACUUAACACAACUACAUAGAUGAAAGGCGUUUACAUUUUAAACCAUCAGCAGUUAUACUCUAGAAUUUUUCAGAUUAUUCUUAAAAUACUUUCAUUCUGAGAUAAUCUACUAUUAUUUCAGAAUAUUCUGAGUCCCACAAUUUAAUUUGAACAGUCAGUAGCCGGGAUGUGCUGUCACUAACACAGUGCAGUUCACGUCUAAGACUUUUCAUUCAUUGAGGAUGUAAUCUUAUCCCACACUCAGCACAGCCUUCGACUUCUGACACAAUGUUUAUACUUAAUGUGUAUAAUUAAUUUUAUUUUAAGCUGGAAAGAACACAAGGUAGAGAACUUAUUGAAUUUGUGUUCAAGUAGUUAGAUUUCUACAUUAAUUACAUAAGAGUAUCUUUGUACAAGGAUUUUUUCAUUACACAAGGGUUUUUUUCUUUAUAAGAAAAUAAGUCUAAUCAGAUAAGCUGAUACUUACGAUUCCCAGUACAUAUACCUCUGACAAAACUGGAAGGAGGUCCAGAUGUUCUUUAGAGAACGUGCUUAAUUUUGACUUAGCAACUAGACGCUACCUUUACUAUUUAAUUUUACUAAAAAAUUUUGCUUUUUUCUUAAAAAAAAAUAGUCUUCUUUACUAAAUUAUGAAAUUUAAAUUGUAUAAAUAAGAAUAAUAAAAAUCAGUUAAGGAAAUAAACAGCAACAAAACACCUCUGGCUUAUCAAACUUUUAAUCAUAGAAGGAAACUCAGAUGUCACUUUAUUUAUAUAUAGCUAUUAAGUCACUUGCCAUGACUCUGAAGGAAUUGUACAUUACAAUAAAGACUAAUGUUUUAAAUGUGUAUAGUAGUGAAGUAAUUAACAGUAAUCUGAAUUUUAAAAUGUCAAUAAAUGGAAGUACAUUCUAUGACAUGGCUUUGGAACUGUUUUUACAGUGAAGCAAUUCUACAGAGAACACUGAUGAGCGUGUUCCAAACACGUGUAAACUGUUGGGAAGGUGCUGGGUGAAUAACUGGAAUUUUCCAUAUGGCUUCACCACACUUGUGCCAGAAACAUACUCUGAAAGUCGAACUCCAUAGGUGCUCACUGUGCUGCUGGAUUUCACAAUAAUUUGCUUUACUAUUGUUAAAAAUAAACAUCUUUCUCAUAAA